AUGCCCGCCGCCCACUCUUCGAAGAACGAAGGUGUGGAGCUAGCUUCAAGACACGGCAAUGAGCAAGCUGCACAGAUGCUGGUCCAGGCCCAAAGUGGCGAGGCGUUUGUGCCGGACUCAAGGAGAAGAUGCACUCUGGCAGACCUGAGGAAGGAUUUGGAGGCUCUGCAACAGCAGCCCAGAUGGCGUUGGCGAGCGAAAGUCGUGCUGGCCUUGUACACUUUGGCACGCAUCGCGGGCAGCCUUCCAUUCACGCACAGUAUAUGUUUAAACGGCUGUACGAGUUCUUGCUGCCCUUGCUACGAGGCAGCUGUUGAUGUGAGCAAGGUCUGCGAUGCUUUUCUUCGGCCCCUCGUAACCGGCUUUGGGCUCUACGUGUUUAUUCACAAGAUGGACAGGUUCUCCGUCAACAACCACCUGCACAAGUGGAGCUUGAUCACGCUGUGUUGUCUCGCGCUGCCCCUGUGCGAUGGAAGCAUGGAGCACGUGCUAAUACUGACUAGCAAAAGUUACAAUGUGCCCGCCAUUGUCAUGCUUCUCUGGGAAGUCCUAUGCAAUGUGCUGCAGGUGUACAUGACCAUCCUCAAGCUCCGAGCUCUCGGCUGGCAUCGGACAGAAUUUCAUCUCCCGCGGACGGUAGUGACUGUUGACGUGUCUUUCCAAGUCUUCAACGUGAUCGUUCUCAGUGGCAUGGUUGGCAGCACACCAAUGAAUCUGGAGACUUUGCAGAAGCUCGCAGAACUGUCAGGGUUUGGCUUGGCUUCCACACGAGUUGCCUUCCCAGGACACAUCAGCCGUGGUGCAGCUGACUGCAUUGUAUCGUUUCCGGGCAAGUACAGUGACCUCUGGGACAAAGCAGUUUCAAGCGCUGCUCACAAGGAUGCAUUUUCACUAGCCUGUGUAUUCUUGACAGACGCUGCGUCUGGUUUGGGUCGGCAUGCGAACAACCCAGAGACCCCUGGCAAGUGCUGGUGCCAAACAAUUUAUGGCCGGGUACCAGCCUCUACGUACCUGAGCGUGGCGGACAUCAGUACCGACGAGUCACGAAACCAUGACCAGACACUUGCCUUCAAACGAGCAGAUGCCGAAGCGAUGGGCCAGCGAUUGCUGGUGAAGCAACAUCAAGGAGACAUUGAGUGGGAGCAAGAGCUUGCAGAGGCUUUGCAAGAUGCCGAA